CGGGCAUCCAUUUUUUCUGUUUGGAAGUGUCUUGUCUAUUGUCUCUCGAAAGAAAGAACGAAUUCAGAGCUCCAAAGAUAUCCUUAAAAGUAAAAAGAAAGAAAUAGAGUAUUUUCACGAAAGUCAAAAAAGAAAAACUGAAGUCGAAAUGAACUCGGGGAGUGGCCGUGGAGCAGAUGGGGAGCUGCCAUCGACGUCCAAGCGUCAAUGCCAAGAUGGCGAAGGACAACCUCACAAGAGACGCCGGCCGGAGGACGGAGGUGCGUCGGAGACGGACGAGGACGGGAUGACCGCGUUGCAUCGUGCAGCAAUGAGCGGAGACACGGAGAGGAUCAGGGCGCUGCUGGACGGAGGAUUGGACUCGAGGGCGAGGGAUCGAUGGGGACGGACGCCCCUCCACCUGGCUCUGUCGUGUGGGAAGGAGGCCGCGGCGGAGCUGCUGACGGACGCCGACUGCAUCACGGAUGUCGUGGAUUUAUACAGGUGCACCCCUCUGCAUCUCGCUGCAAGAAGUGGGUUUGUGAACGUCGUCCGUAUGCUGCUCGCGGGAGGGGCGGACGCAAGUGCGAAAGACGGAGCUGAAUGUACGCCCCUCCAUCGUGCCGUGAUCUGGGGGAAGGAGACCGCGGCGGAGGUGCUGCUGGGGGCCACUCCCGAAUGCGACGGGCCGGACGUUUGGGGCGGAACCCCCGUGCACUACGCUGCUAAGAAAGGUCUCGCGCGGACAGCGAGAGCCCUGGUAUCGAGGGGUGCGCGUCUGCAGGCCAAAGAUACAGAUGGACGCUGUCCCCUGUACUAUGCCCUGAUGCGUGGACACGACGGUGUGGCAAGAGUGCUCCUUUUGGCGUACGCCUGGAGGUUCAUUGAGAUACAUUGGGAGGAGAUGGGGCUCCCGCAGAAUGACGAGGAGCGCGGAGUCCGGCUGCUCUCCGAGUACGAGGCCGAGAUGAGGGAGGCCCUGACGGAGGGGUCCCGCCUCUCCCUCCGCGACCUCGCCCGCCGACCCCCCUCCCGCCUGGCCCGGCGCCUCUCCGACGAGGCGAUCCGGCGGCUCUCGGACCGGGACCUCCUGACGCGGGACUUCCCGCUCUUCGGAGACCUCCUCCUCGUCCGGCUGGGGGAGGUCCGGGAGAGGAGGGCCCUGGAGGACCGCUUCCUGCGCUGCUUCCCCCUCCUCUGCCGGCCCCUGCCCCCCGCCUGCACCGACGUCCUCCUCGCGUGCCUGGCGGACGACGACCUGAGGCACUUCGCCCGGGCCGCGGAGCUCUAGUCCCCGAGAUUCCGUUCGGGUGCCUCGCGACGGGAAAGGGAAAAUAAAGAUCACGGGACUUGAACUUUGCUCGAACUGUAUGAACCUCUUGUUUCUGAAUGUAGAAAGUGCCGGAGGUAGUUGACUGAACUUUAUCUGCUUUUGUUUCCGUGAAAGAAACCCGUUUGUCUUGUCAAGACAAUUAUUCUGAGACACCUUUCAAAUGGCUUUGUCUAUCAUGUGCGAAAUGCUUUGUGUGUAUCAAUCACGUAAUAAAAGGAAUAUUCAAGCCAUUAAUAAAAUCUCUUUUAUUGUACCCUAUUGGCCCGAAAGAAAUAAAGUGAGCCGAAAAUAUUGACCCUGCUAAUAAACUAAGAAUGACGUUCACAUGGCUCGAUGUGUCAUCGGGGGAUAUUUCGAUAGUUGGGGAAUCUGGCUCGGCCGUCCAUUUUUGGGGCAAAUAUUUUUAUUUUGGUAAAAUACCUCUGGCACUGGAGCCAAAAAAUGGACGCCAAUGCAGAAAGAUCGCCAGAUCCCCAAGUGUUGAAAUCUUCCCCAGACU